UAUACAACGGCACCUCAACAGAGCACAAACGACUCAGGAAGAGAUCAGCUGAUGAACAUAAAAAUACAUAUUUCUAACAUCGAAGGAUUGCUCUGCUGGAGAUAAUUCACAUUGAUGAAAUCUGAAGUGACGUUGGAAUAUAAACAAGGACGUUUUUAAAGAACACAAAGAGAUCGUGGGGCCUAUUUGGAAGAACGUCGGACUGAACAAUGGAGUGGCGAGUAUUGACGUUGUUCUCGGUUGUUGUCCUCGACUCGGUGAUUGCGCGCAUAAGCUAUUCUAUUCCGGAGGAAAUGCCAAGAGGAUCUUUGGUAGGAUAUAUUGCGCAAGAUUUGGGUUUAGAGAUUAAACGUUUUAUAUCAGGUAAAGCACGGAUCUAUUCCAGAAAUACUGAGGAGUACAUGGAGCUGAACAGAGAAAGAGGAGUCAUUCUCGUUAAGGAGAGAAUCGACAGGGAGGCACUGUGCGCAGAGACCACGGUUUGUGCUUUAGAUUUUCAGAUUAUUCUGGAAAAUCCUAUGGAAUUUUACACAGUUACUGUCCAGAUUACAGAUAUUAAUGAUAAUGCACCGACAUUUGAAAAAAGUGAAAUGACAUUUAGAAUCAGCGAGUCAGCUGUGACAGAGACCAAGUUUGUGUUAGAAAGGGCGGUGGAUCAUGAUGUUGAAAUGAAUGGUGUUCAAAGAUACGAGUUAAUACCGAUGGAUAAUUUUGUUUUGAAAGUGCACAAUAAAGCCGAUGGUAACAAAAAUGUAGAGAUGGUGUUACAGAAGCCUUUAGACAGAGAAAAACAAGAGCAGAUAAAUCUGGUUUUGACGGCUGUGGAUGGAGGAGAGCCGCAGAUGUCAGGAACGAUGCAGAUUUUUAUUACAGUUUUAGAUGCUAAUGAUAAUGCUCCAGUUUUUACUCAGAAAACAUACAAAGCUACAGUUACUGAAAAUUCAGCGAUAGAUACCGUCGUUGCUGCGGUUACAGCAACAGAUGCGGAUGAGGCACCUAAUAGUAAAAUAACAUAUUCAAUUACUAAUAUGCAAGGAAAUGUUAGGAAUAUUUUUAAGGUAAACCUGGAAAACGGUGACGUUUCUCUGUUAGGAAACAUUGAUUUUGAAAAGAACAAACGUUUUCAAAUCAAUAUUGGUGCAACUGAUGAUGGGGGGCUAACUGAUUUCUGUGAGUUAAUUGUUGAUGUGCUAGAUAUCAAUGACAACAAGCCUGAAAUAAACAUAAUGUCGAAAUCAAAUGUAAUAUCCGAAGAUGCUGAACUAAAUACAGUUGUUACAAUGAUAAAUACGGAGGACAGAGACUCUGGAGAAAACGGGAACAUAAAAUGCUAUUUGAAUGAAAAUGUGCCUUUUAUUUUGAAAUCAUCGACAGAGAAUUUCUACAGCUUACUGACAGACAGUGAAUUAGACAGAGAACGAGCCUCUGAGUAUAACAUAACAGUGACCUGCUCUGAUGAAGGAGUCCCCUCCCUCUCCAGCAGCGUCACUCUCACCUUACAGAUCUCUGAUGUGAAUGACAACGCGCCUGUCUUUGAGAGGAGCUCAUAUGAGGCCUACAUUGUAGAAAACAACACACCAGGUCUCUCUAUAUUCACAGUGAAAGCCACAGAUGCUGACUGGAACCAGAAUGCCCGUGUUUCUUACAUACUGGAGGACUCCUCUGUUAACGGAGUACCAGUCUCCUCAUAUGUGUCCGUUAGUGCUGAUAGUGGAGUCAUCCAUGCAGUGCGCUCUUUUGACUACGAGCAGAUCAAAGAUUUCCAUUUCCGGAUCAAAGCGCAGGAUGGAGGCUCUCCUCCACUCAGCAACAACGUGACUGUUAAGAUCCUGAUCCAGGACCAGAACGAUAACCCUCCUCAGGUUCUGUACCCAGUCCAGACUGGUGGCUCUGUGGUGGCUGAAAUGGUGCCUCGUUCAGCAGAUGUGGGCUACCUGGUGACUAAAGUGGUGGCUGUUGAUGUGGACUCUGGACAGAACGCCUGGCUCUCCUAUAAACUGCAGAAAGCCACAGACAGGGCGCUGUUUGAAGUGGGCUUACAGAAUGGAGAAAUAAGAACUAUCCGUCAGGUGACUGAUAAAGAUGCUGUGAAACAGAGACUGACUGUUAUAGUGGAGGACAACGGGCAGCCCUCUCGUUCAGCUACAGUCAUUGUUAACGUGGCGGUGGCGGACAGCUUUCCUGAAGUGCUGUCGGAGUUCACUGACUUUCCACACGAUAAGGAGUACAAUGAUAACCUGACUUUUUACUUAGUGUUGGCUCUGGCUGUGGUCUCCUUCCUCUUCAUCACGUGUUUAGUGGUUAUUAUAUCAGUGAAGAUCUACAGAUGGAGACAGUCCCGCAUCCUGUAUCACUCCAGCCUCCCUGUGAUUCCAUAUUAUCCUCCACGUUACUCAGACACUUUGGGGACAGGGACUCUGCCACAUGUGUACAACUACGAGGUGUGCAGGACGACUGACUCCAGAAAGAGUGACAAUAAGUUCGGAGGAGCUGGUGGUCAGAACGUGUUGAUAAUGGAUCCCAGUUCUACAGGUACGAUGCAGCGAAUACAGAGUGAGAAGAACAUCCUGGAUGAACCUGACUCUCCUUUGGAGGUUAGUUAAACAUAUCAGAUAAUC